AACUAUAUAAAGUCGAGCACUUAUUCAAUCCGGCAGUGGUUUGAUUAUCAAAUUCUAUCCUAUCAUGCUACGCCUUCAAUCCACUCGCGCACUCAGCAAACUCGCUGCCCCUGCACGUUCCAACGUUCGCAUGAUGUCCGCUUUCUCACACAUGUCUGACAACGACCCAGAAGUCUUGGAGAAGGAGAAGAAGGAGCACCUUGAAAAGGAGGAGAAGAAAUGGAACGAGAAAUUGGCUUCUUUCAGCGAAGCAUCCGUGAAGGCUGAUCAGUCUGAAGAUAAACCUAUUGACGUCUUGCAAAAGGAAUCCAGCGCCGAAAUGAAGAAGCAACACUCCGAAGUGAAGAGCACUGUCAAAUAGAGCCACCAUCAACGGUUCAUUACCGGAUAUUUCAGGUGGCCAUUUGCUGUAGCAUGCCCAUAGCUUGUAGACGCACACCUCCUAUGUUGUAAAUAGCAUGCAUUCAAUUACAUAUCAUUUUGAGCCAGGUAUAAACAGCUUUUUUACUGUGGAAACCCAACUAUGCAAACAAAAAAAAUUGUAUCCAAAAAAAAAAAUUAACGAAUUAAGUGAAUGUGUGAAAUUUGGCUAUGUUGCUGGGAUAUGUACAAGGAAAGGCAGGUUUGGAUAGAAUCAUUCUUCACUGUCAGUUAGCAA